AUGUUUUCAGAACUGCACUCAAUAUUCUCGCCUUUGAGAAAGGCGCCGUCAAACGGAACGCCUUCUAGACAGAAGCUUCUACAAGACCAUGUAUCAAACUUCCUCCUCUGCGACUCCAGUGAGGAAAGCGACAGUACCAAUCAGAGCCAGGGGCUUGUACAAGGCAAUCCACAUCGAGGGAUGAGCUAUGCGACUGGCACAGCAUCUCCAGGCAUCGCGGCUGAAAUCAAGACCGCCUGCUCUGCAGCGGCUCGACAUCCUAAAUCAAGUAAGAGCGGGACAAUGACUUCGUAUAGAGUGGCACACGUCUAUGAGGAAGCCUCCGUAGGACGGUCACUGCAUCUCAGGACAGCCAGCCAAGAUGGCGAUAUUAUCACUGAUUCUUUUGGCUGGAAUUCGAAUGACCCUUACGCGAGGUCUGCUGAUUGCGGUAUCCCCAGGCCAGACUCACCCACUAUGGGAGAGGAUUGUGGUUGCUGUAGUUGUAUCGCCAGAUCUUCUUAUGAUGGACAAGCAUCGAGGUACCCAUGA